AUGACGAGCCUAGAUGAGUACAGGGCGGGAACGGUUCGCGCGAGCAUGAAGACGAACGCGCUGCUCCAGCCUGCCGAGCUCGGCAAGCCGAAGAGAAUCCUCUUCAACAACCCACCGCCGAGCCGCGUCUUCGGCAUGCCCAAGAAGAUGGACGCUGAGAGCUCACGGGACGUGAUCAUGUACUGGCAGGAGCACCGCGGCGCCGCGGACGAGGCCCCCGGCCCGGACUUCUGCACGAUGAACAAGCUCGCGACGAUCAACGGCAACGUCACCGCGAAGCAGCACGCGGACUUCCGCAAGUCCAACCCCGUGGCGCUCCCCGGCGCGGGCGAGACCACCCGCCGGACGCGCGCGACGCUGCCCUCGGACCGCGACCGGCGCUUCACGUACGGCUGCCCGUCGUCCUACAAGCCGCUCGAGGUCCUCCGGCGCACGGGCGAGGACUGCGACAUGCAGUCGCUGAUGCAGGGCGCCUACGUCUACGAGUGGGUGCGCGCGAACCAGUCCAAGGAGGCCAUCCAGCGGGAGCAGAACCGGAAAAUCGAGCCGCGCGCCACGCUCGCGACGGAGGGCCACGCGCGCGGGUCGGCGAUGCGCCGCGCGGGGCGGCCAGUGCGGCCCUCGGACACCUUCAAAAUGAAACGGUUCGCCGGGGUCAAGAGCAAGCUCACGGCGUCGCACGAGGGGGCGCCCGAGGCGGCCGCGGAGGCCGCGGAGCAGGCCGCGAUCGCGCAGACCGCGGCAGCUGCGGAGGCGGAGGCGGCGGCGGCGGCAGCGGAGGCCGAGGCGGCCGAGGGGGAGUGA